CUUUACAGUACGAGUACCUACAGUGCACUAGUUUUUUUUAUUUAGUUAUCUAGUUGUUUUCACAAGUAUUUGUUUGUUCAUGUGAUAUCAUUUCGAUUUCUGAUUACAAAGUCGAUAGACGUCGGUGUAGAACAGAAUCAAUUAAACGUUUAUACACGUGUUAAUUCUUGAUGAAAAAUGGAUAAUACGGAUUGUAAGUAUGAGAUAUGUAUGGUUGAUUCGACAAAAAAAUUACUGGAGGAUGGCUUUAUUAAUUUAUGCAAAAAAUAUGGUCCAGUUAAAAAUAUAACUAUUCAUAAAACAAUUCAUGAAAAUCAAGCGUUUAUUCAGUUUGAAACUAAUGAUAUAGCGUUGCAACUUUUAAAUGAAAAAUCAAGUUUUCCAUCUUUCAUAACAGUGGACCUUUCCAACCGAACACAAAAAAAGAUGGAUUUAUUAAUUGAAAAAGAAAAUAAUGAAGAUGUUGAAGAUUGUGAAUCUAAUAGCACUUUAAAAAUAAGUGCUUAUGAAGAUGAAAGUAAUAAAAUUGAAACUGGAGCUUCAGUUUAUUUCGGACCUGAUAUUUCUGGAAAAAGCUUAAUAGAGGAAUGCAAACGAUUUAAAACAAAUCAAAAAAUACCUUAUAAUUUGGAAAAUGAUGAUCUUUUUGGGAGGCCUCUUAAUACAGAAUGGGAAGAAAUAAAGAAGCCUGAAUUUGAAAUAAAUAAUCUUGAUUUCUAUAAGCGUUUUGAAAAUUGUACGGAUGGUGAAAUUAAAAUUGGAAAGAAGUUAAGUCCAAAUAUGUUUACUGGUUUGGCUACAAUUUUUAAUAACGGUGAAAAUGUACAAGAUAAAUUAAAGAUUAUUAGCAAUGAUAUUGAGAACUCUGAUCUUCUAAAUAUAAAUAAUCUAAAGUAUGGAAUGUUAGUUGGAGCAUUUGAUAGUGCAACUAAUUUGUAUGGUCGUGGAUAUGUGACUUUGGUAGCUGGAAAUAGUGUAAAUGUUGCUUUGAGUGAUUAUGGUAGAGUAAUAAAUACAGUAAAACUUAGAGCACUGCCUACAAAAUAUACUCAGUUACCGGCCUAUGCAUUUAAAGUACAUACCAAAGGAGACUAUGUUCCACAAUUAAAAAAAACUUCUUAUUUAUUCAAAGUGCGUAGUGUUUGUCCCGAAAGGAUUGUGUUGAUUUUACUUGAUGAAAAUAAAGAAAUUAAAGUGCAAUUGAAAAAAUGGCAACCUACUAUAGAAGAAUCUGGUGUUCCAUAUAUUGAUUUUAAGAGCAAUAGUUCAGUAGAAUUGCUCAAGUUAAAAUAUAUGAACUCUGCAUUUAUUAGAUCAAAAGAAAAGCACCAUUUUGAAUUUUUUUUUUCAUGCUGGAACAAUUUGGCUGCUUAUUGCUAUAAAAACUCUCAACAUUUAAAUAGAGAACCAGUUUAUGGUGAAAUUGUAGGAUUUAAAUCUACUUUGACUAAAAAUUAUGUCAGGGGCAGAGUUCAUAAAUACUUAGGAGGCGACUUAUAUUCUGUGAAACAUAUGGAUGAUCCCUUUAAAGAAAAUAUCAGAUCAUCCGAAAUGAUAUUAUUACAGUUUGAACACAAAAUUAUGCCUGUAAGCGUUUUAAAAGUAGGACUGAAAGAUGCUUUACCCUAUCCUGUCCAGUAUGACGCUCAAUGUUUAGUUAAUAAUGUUACUGGUGUUCGCUUUUCUGUAGUUUUUGACGAAUCAAAAGCAGAUGGAUGGAAAAAUGUAGAUUUAACUAUAAAAUCUUUAAGAGAAAACUUCAAUACUAUAUUAUAUGGUUUAGUUGAACCUAUAUGGCUGAAAGAUGACGUAGAUGAUGAUUCUGUACACUAUUUUAAAUACAUGGAAUUAUCAAGGACUGAAUUAGUCGAAAAAUCUGUUUUAAAAAUGACGUUUGUUGUGCAUUAUGAUGGAGUUUUUUAUAUGAGAGACAAAUUGUUUGGAAAGUCAUUUUCAGUUUUAUCUGACAUGAUAAGAGAGUAUUGUGGUUUGAAUUUAAGUCCUUAUUUACCACAUAUUAAUGAAGUAUGCCUUGGUCUAUUUCCAGAUGGUAAAUGGUACAGAGUAAUUUGUGAUCAAGUAAAACCUGGUGUAUUGGUAAAAGUACAUUCUAUUGAUCUGGGAAUUGUCGCACAUUUGAAUACUAGAAAUUUAAAAAAACUUCCAGCAGAAUUACUAUUUGAACCAACUCAUGUUGCUCUGUGUCUUUUAGAUUCUUCCAUUCAGGUAAAUGAAAAAAAUAUAGAAUCGUUGAAAAAAUAUGAAAAUACAGACUGUGAAGUAACUGUUGUGAAAAAUUUAGGAGGUAAAAAUCAUUAUUCAAUCAACUGUCCAUUCUUGGAAAAUAUUCUUCAAUGAUUUUUUAUAUAUUAGCAUUAAGAACAGUGAUAUUGAUCUUUUAGUUUUAAGAUUAAUUAAUGUAUAUGUACAACAUAAACAAUUUAUAUUUAUUAAUUAUUAUAAGCUACAUUCAAAAAUA